CAAAAAUUAAUAAAAAGCUAAAAACCAAAAAACACCCGACCAAAGCAACCGCCUGAGAAAAGAAUGACAACGUUGACAAGAGAGCUAAAACCUCUCCUUUUAUUCCUCGUAACAAUAACAUCAUCAACUCUAUUGCCUGUACAAUCAGACAACACGAACCAUGUCUACUCACCCUGUGCAGACACCACUGUACAGGUAUCAGAUGGCUUCACUUUUUCUAUCGCUUUUUCGUCGAGUAAGGCUUUCUUCUUCAACAGUACCCUACAGUUGUCUCCCUGUGACAGCAGACUUUCUCUUACUAGCCAGAAUUCUCAGAUCUCAGUUUUUAGACCUAAAGUCGAUGAGAUCUCUCUCCUCACUAUCAACACCUCAUCUUUCUCUCCGGGCGACUUUGGUGGGUAUAUGGUUGCAUUUGCCGGUCGAAAAUAUGCUGCAAGGUCUCUCCCUGCUUUUGUUGCAAACAGUACAUACACUGUGACAAGCUUCACUCUGGUGCUUGAGUUUAAGAAGGGAAGGCUACAGAACUUAUAUUGGAAAAGGGAUGGCUGCGCUAAAUGUUCAGGAAACUCAAAAUUUGUCUGCCUCAACAAUCAGGAUUGUGCAAUCAGAACAUCCAGUUGCAUAAAAAACGGAGGUAGUGUUGAUUGCAGCCUUGGGAUACAAUUGGCAUUCUCUGGCACAGACAAACACUUUUCUGCUCUCAACUCAUGGUACGAAGUGGAAAACCUUCGACAGUACUCGCUUUACGGUCUUUACUCAAAUCUCAGGGAUUCUCUCACCAGUCAGUAUAACAACAUCUUCUAAUUGUGCUUUAGAUGGUUUGUAGAGUUUUGGUUUCCUUGUAUGUUGUAAUUUUUUCCUCAUUUCUUUUCCAAAUGUUGCAGACCUUUCUCUUCGGUCGAUGCUCAUCUAUGUUGUAUCUUUUCAGAGUUGUUCUGUGUAAAUUUACAUACGUGAUCAGUUAUUUGCUAUGAAUGUUAAACGAGACUAAAAUGCUUGGAAUCUGCGCUUUCCAUGAUGUUAAAUGCAUAUGCCCGAGGUUUUUGAA